AUAAAUUCAUAAUUCAUAUAUAGAGUAUAGAGUCAUAGACCCAGCAGGGUUUAGGGUUUUUGGUUGGCUCAUUAACUUCAUUCCCCUUUCGUCUGCUACACCUGACAGCUGUGUUGUUUGCUCUACUACAACAUCGGACCAACCCGACUACAAAUGGCGCUCAGGCCCGGACUCAUGAGGCGGUUUCUAUCAACUUCGUUAUUCUCUUCUCAAUCCUAUGCAGCCGCCACCGCUACUGGUUCAGCCUCUGUUGCUAACACUGUUAGUGAUAAACCUGCCGUUGCUCCUUCGAUGACCCUAUUUGUCUCCGGGCUUAAUAAAAGAACCACGUCAGAGAAACUUCAGGAAGAAUUUGCUAAAUUUGGUGAAGUUGUUCACGCCAGAGUGGUGACGGACCGUAAUUCUGGAUACUCAAAGGGCUUUGGUUUUGUGAAUUAUGCCACCUUAGAAGAUGCAGAGAAAGGAAUCAAAGGGAUGGAUGCACAGUUUCUUGAUGGAUGGGUAAUUUUUGCUGAAUAUGCGAGGCCAAGAACUCCUCCAGGACAGUCGGCAUCUCCAGAAACUUACCAACAUUUCCCACCUGCAAGAGGGUGAUCGGUUAAACCAUUAAUUGGAUUGCGAGGUAUACCAACUUUUGAAAGGAGAACUUGCUGUUGUUUAUGAAACUCUUUGGUUUGGCUCACGACAUUUGUUGGUUGGACGAAAUCUAAGCAGCCGCUUCCAUCCCGCUGAGUGAUGGAAAGCCGAUAAAAACACUAUAAGACUUUAUUUUUAUUUUUAUUAUAUUAUUAUUUCGAAAUUUUAGGGAAACUCCAUUGUAAUUUGUAACUCUUUAAUUUUAAAGAUAAUUCUAUCGGA